AUGCCGAUGCGUGGCUCAGAGGCGGGUACCUCGGAGCUCGUGCGCCUCACGCAAUUCCUGCUGGAUACGGCCAAAGUCGAGGACCUUGCGGAGAUGUUACAGGCAGUCUGUCCCACGCCAAGCAGGAAGACACUCUUGGCGCAGCUGCUUGUUUCAUCGACGGCGUCAUCACUGCAGCAGAUGCUCGGCAUGCUGCACGCAGAUCUGCCAACAGCUGCCCAGCUCCUGGUCAAAGUGGUUUCCCACAUCGAGGGGGAGUGCCCUAUCCAGCUGAAGGAGCGGCCUGGUGGUGGCUUUGGCUUGGCAGAGGAGAAGUCCGUCCAGGGUGCUAUAUCCAGGGUAGUUUCGCUGGAUAUUGGCGACACCUGCGAGAAGUAUGCGGCGGAUUUGGUUCGGAUGGGAGUGCAGCUUCCUUUGUGGACCUCUAGAGACAUGGCUCGGUUCUCAUCAUCACCAAGUCUACAGGAGAAGGUGGUCAGCUGGUUUGUCGCAUCGCUGUCAGAUCAGCUGCUCGUGCUUCUGCAAGGCUGCUGUAUGGUGAGUGAGCUUCAGAGCGCCGUUCUGCCUGACUGUGAGCACACAGCCUCCUCGGAGAUUGUGGCGGAGUCGCUUGCCGCUGCUGAGGUAUUUCGAGAGUGCCUCUUGCAAAGCACGGCCCUUCGUAAGUCUCGUACCUGCGUGGAAUCCUUGCUCUGGGAGUUGCUGGAGCCAAAGUCAACCACGUCCUCGCCGCAUUGCGAAGAAAGGUUUGGAUGCAUUCUCGGAGGGGCUUUGGAGGCGCAAGUCAGGCACGUGGAAACCCUUCGGCCAAACGUUCGCUUGCAUAGUCUGUGGCGGCUCGCAUCAGUGGUACUUACUUGGCGGUACCUUGCAGAGUCUCAUUGCGAGGAUCGAGUCCAGGUCCUUACAUUCUUGACCAAACCUGGUUGCUAUGAGUCUUGGAGGCCUGGUGGUUCUGCGAAGCAGAUCGGGAAGGUGUACUAUCGUCAAGUCAUAGCCCCCAUGAUGGAGGAAGAGGAGCGUGCCUGGUGCGAAGUCGCUGAGCGUGCAGCCAACAAGGCCAUGGCAGAGCUACUGGCGGAGCCCGAGGGCUCAAGCAAGCGCAAGGCGAAACGGGGCAAGAAGUCGGAUGCAGGGAAUUCCACAAAUGGGGCUGCGUACCCCGAAGAAGCUGCACCCUUGAUAGAUGAAGCUCCGGAGCUUGAGCCGCUGAUCCGGUCCUGGCAGCGCCUCACGGCCCAGCUGCUCAUGAUGGCGUCGCCAAGCUCCUGA